AUGUUCGAUAAGCUAAAACAGAAGGUUUUGAAUAAAUCAAGAGAAGUAACGUUCUUGGACUUACCUCAACCAGGUGAAUUGAAAGACGAACGAAUUUUCUAUCAGAACAGAACUAAUUAUGGUGUUAAUUUCGGAUCAAUGUUCGUACUAGAGCAAUAUAUCUUCCAUAGUCUAUUUUCUGCUGGUGGUGGUAAUGAAUUUGAUGCUAUCACAAACCAGGUCAAAGCAAGCAACUCAAAUGACACUGCCAAAAAAUUAUCUGAUCAUUAUGAUUCAUAUUUGAAUCGUGUAGAUUGGAAUUGGUUAAGAUCAGUUGGGUGUACUGCGAUUAGGUUGCCUGUUGGAUAUUGGCAUGUCAAAAAUGGUGAAUUAUUGAAAAAUGGCGAGAAGUUCUAUAGCUUGAAGGACGUUUAUUCCAAGUCGAAACCAUGGGACAGAGUGAAAAAGGUGAUUUCUUUGGCAAAUGAGAAUAAAAUUGGAGUUCUAUUGGAUUUACAUGGAUUACCAGGCGGAGCUAAUGGAGAUGCCCAUAGUGGCGAACAAAGCUGUGGUUCUGCUACUUUCUUUGAUGAAUCGAGUUUCGUCAAAUCAAUCGUUGAUAAUGUUAUACCUUUUGUGGUGCAAGAUCUACAAUCAAAUGUAAAUUUAAUCGGAUUGCAAAUUGUCAAUGAAGCUCAAUUUGAUGAAAGCGGUAAGAAACAAAAAUCUUAUUAUGAAAAGGCUGUCGAAAAAGUGCGUUCUAUCAACAGUACCUUACCGGUGGUUAUUUCAGAUGGCUGGUGGCCUCAACAGUGGUCUGACUGGGUUCAGGAAAAAAAACUAUUCACCGACGUUAUAAUCGACUCACAUGUGUAUCGAUGCUUCAGCGAUUCGGACAAGGCCAAGAACGUUGAAAAAUUGAUUCAAGAUUUAUCAUCCUCAGUGCAAUUUGACAGGUCUAAGGCAGAUUUCACAGUAGCUGAGUUUUCCUGUGUCAUUGAUGGUCAAAGCUGGGACAAGACUUCCGGAAACAGAGAUGAUCUUGUGAAGAAAUAUGGACAAGCACAGACAAGUAUAUUCCAGAGGCAGGCAUCCUGGGGAUGGUUCUUCUGGACUCUUCAAUUUGAAUCUGGAGAUGGAGGAGAAUGGGGAUAUAUUCCUAUGGUCAAUAAAGGCGCUAUUCCAAACAGACCCACGACGUGGAAGAAACCCGACAAUGGUGCAAUCAAUAAACUUGUUGAAGACCACAAAAACUACUGGGCUGACAAAGGUGGUGACAAGAUGGAACACUGGAGAUUUGAGGACGCUCUUCGCAAUACAAUCAAGGACAUCGAAUCGUUCACGACAUUUAACAAUUCACUCUUAGGAAGAACCUGUGCUUGGAAAUAUUUCAGAAGAGUACAGUAUAUAAAAAGUAAGGGUGAUGGAGAAUAUAUGUGGGAAUGGGAACAAGGGUUUGAUCAAGCUAUAGCCAACUUCAAUCAUUAUUAG